CUCUCGGCUCAGUCUGUGAGAAAUCGUUGGCGUGUUCGGUUCGUUUGCUUAUCGGAAAGAAAAGUUGAAAAUUCGGAAAUUCAGUUGCUUCUUGGUGCGGGUGGCAGUAAACAGAAAACGCGGAAAACUCUGCGCGCCCCUUCAGAGUUUUUCCAAACUGAAGUGCAGUUGCCAAGAAAAAUAACAAAUAAACGGCUAAGCGCAUCAGUCGUCAAUGGAUAGGCCAAUGUGUUUAUGAUAAAACUUCAACGAAAUUGAAACGUAAUCGGGCGAAAGUUUGCUGGCAAAGUGCGUGCAUAAAAGAGCAAGGAAAUAAAGAGGAGCAGUCGCUUCAAAGGAAGCCAGUUCGACUGUCAGUCAGUCCGUCCGCCAGUCAGUCAGUCAUAUUGGAGGUGAUUUCCCCUUCCUGCAUGAGUUCUGUCAACGAAAUGACAUGCAGCAUCUGUCUAUGUGGCCAUCGGGCCAGGACGUGAUGCUGUGCCGCUGUUAGAGAGGAAACCUCGUUGCCCCGAUGAUGCUAUUUUUAUGAGGCCCCCAGACUAUGACGACGACGGAUGCGUGGCCCCAUGAAAAAUCAAUUAACACGCAAAAUUAUUAAAGACGAAAAACAAAAACGAAAACGAACGAAGCGCGAGUGGUACUUGGGGUUCCGGAUCUAUAAGUCCCCCAGUUCCCUCUCUUCAUCCGAUCAUCCUUUCCAACAACCGACCAACCAUAUAUCUGGUGUAUAUAACUUCAAAGCAGCUGCAACGGAAUGUCGCGCCUCUGUGGAUUAGGAUGGCUGGUAUUGCUCGCCAUAUUGCAAUUGCAAACUGUCGCAGCCAUGAAAGUUUCGCUCUUCGGCGAUGGCUAUGUAUCGAUGCCGCUGCAGGAGGCCAAGAUGUCAACGAACAUUCGCGUCAAGUUUCGCACCAGGCAGGAGAACGCCUUCCUCUUCGUGGCCGCCGGGCGGACCGACUACUGCCUGCUGCGAUUGGAGAACGGUCUGAUCAGUUUUAGCUAUAAAAUCGAACGGGAUGUGGUGCAGUUGCGUUCGCCCAAAAAGCAAAAGCUCAACGAUUUGGAAUGGCACGAUGUGGCGGUGCAGCGGUUCGAGAAUAAUAUCACCUUGCAGGUGGACAGCUAUAUAAUGCGCAAACAGCUCCCAGGUGAUCUCACCGCCCUCAAUAUACAUUUCGGUACAUUUCUUGGAGGCGUUGGGGACUUUUCAGCCGAGUUUUUGAAUGAUGUUAUCGGCUUUCGGGGCUGUAUAUCAGAUGUCUUCUAUAACAACAUCAACAUCAUUAAGAGGGCCAAAGACCGAACGAGUCACACAACUAGUACGGGGGUCACCUGGACUUGCAGCACUGAGUUCGAUGGCUCGAUACAGGAUAGUAUUAGUUUCAUGAAGAACGAUUCCUACUCACUGAUGCUAAAAGAGUCGCAUGCCAUUGGAGAAACACUCUCCUUGCAAUUUCGCACUAUGGCUAGUGCUGGUGUUCUUUUUUUCAACGGCGGCUAUGAUUUUAUAGUCCUCGAAAUACUUGAUGAGCGCUUGAAGGUGACCUUCAACAAGGCCGGCAGCCUGGUGCAGUUCGUAACAGAUGAGCAAGUAUCCGAUGGUAAAUGGCAUAAGGUCUUGCUGCGAUAUAAUGCUGCCAUUGCGGAGCUAAUCCUCGACGAUGCCACGAGUGGUUAUCGUGGAACUCACGCUAAUGAGACCAAGGCGAGCAUAAAUCUCGAGAAGAGCGUCUUCUUUGGCGGCGUUCAGGAGGAGAUGCGCCGCCGGCUCAUCGGCAAGGGAUUGCGAAUAAACGAGAUCAGCUUCAAGGGCUGCAUGCGCGAUAUACGGGUCAAUGAUCUUCCGUUGGGCUUCGCCGAGAUGACCAUCUCGCGUAGCUUGGCCCUUAACUGCCUGUGGCAGUAUCCCUGCAUGGAGUACAAUCCGUGCCUGAAAAGCGGAAUCUGUAGCCAACACGGCGUAGAUGGGUUCAUCUGCUACUGCGAUCAGUCCUACUGCAUUAAGGCCGAUUUUCAGGGCCCUUUUAAGAUCUUCACCGAAACCAGUCCAGAGCUCGAGCUACUCUAUGUCUCUCCCAUGCAGCUAUUAGAAGGUGGCACUUCCUUUCUGUCGCGCCAUUUUAUAGACAUAAUACUCGAUCUCCGUCGCUAUCCCAGCCUCAAUGAACAAUCCAUUAUUUUUCAUGUGGUCCAUCAACCAAAGUAUGGACAACUUUUGCAAUACUCACCUGAAAAUAAGAACUUUGUGCCCUGUCGCACCUUUAAUUUGGUGGAUUUGGACACAGACAAGCUUAAGUAUGUGCACAACGGCCAAGAGAACUUCAACGAUCAUGCUACGUUAGAUAUGCAAGUGUUUGGGGAUGUACACAAAAUACCGGACAAUAUAUUGGGCAAACAUAGGUUCCUAUUACACGCGAAUAUAACACCGAUUAACGAUCCGCCACAAUUAAGACUGAAUUCGCAUAAAAUCCUGCGAGUGAUUGAGGGAAUUGAAAGGGUGUUGGAUGUGGAUUUAUUUAACAUUGAUGAUCCUGAUAGCGAACCUGGAAAUUUGAUCUACACUAUAUUGCCUCCGCAGAAUCCCCAAGAGACCUUUGGUUGCUUUAUAGUUGGAGGUGCGACCACAUCAACCUUUUCCCAGGCAGAUGUGAAUGUGGGAAAAGUUUCGUAUCUAUACAACUCAACAACAACGGAAUCUUUUAGCUAUCAACUGCAGCUACAAGUAUCCGAUGGCAUCGAGACCAGUGAUACGGUAUUUCUCCCAGUUUCAGUUCAUCCUCUGGAGCUUCGAUUGGUCAAUAACACGGGGCUUAUAAUGAUCCACAAGAGCUCUUUGCUGCUCAGUCCGGCAAAUCUUUCAAUUGGAACGAAUGCUGUGGAUGAGCACAUAGACAUUAGAUACGAUAUCGUAAAGGCACCGCAGCAUGGAGUUCUUCAGCGUCUGAGGCAGAUUGAUGGUUCCUGGGUGAACGUGGACUGGUUCAGCGAUAGCCAGCUGCUCCUCGGCCACAUUCGCUAUCUGCACAGCAGCGAUUUCCCUUGGCAAGACGAAUUCAAGUUUAUUGCCUCGUUUGGUUUUGUGACCACGCAAACGUUCGACUUCCGCAUCACAUUCACGCGCCUGCGCAUAACGAGCAACAGACCCUCGCAGAUAUCGAUCAAUGGCAACCGGGAGAUUCUGCUGACCAGCGAUAUACUCUCCUACGAGACCACGCCCAUCGGCAGCUUUCCGCGCAGCGUGAUUUAUAAGAUAACGAAGCCAACUCGCUACGGGGGCAUCUAUGUGGAGGGAUCCCGGAAGGCGGCCAAACAGUUGGACUCCUUUACCCAACAGGAUAUAGAGAAGCGAAGAAUCCGAUACCAAACGCAUCACACCAGCUACUCCAGCUUUACUGAUAAUUUAGAAUUUGUGGUUUCCGUUGCGGAAUGCGAUGAUGUGAUGGGCACUCUGGAGAUUAACUACAGACCCCCCGAGGAGCUAAUCAGCAAGCUGGGCUAUCAAAACCAUGAGGCUCUGCAGGUGCAGGAGGGUGAAAGAGCUCUCAUUACCAAGAAUCAUUUUGGGAUUCGCUUCAACAUCUAUGAGAGUCUGCAGUUUCAGGUUUCCUCGAGUCCAGAACAUGGUGUUAUAUGCAAAUACGAUGAGCAGACGGGUCUCACAACCCCUGUGGAAAUGUUUACUUUGGAACAACUAUUCCGAAAUGACAUAUACUACUGUCAUGAUGAUACUGAAUCCACCAGGGACACGUUUGAGUUGCUCAUCCUCUCGGGCGACGAAACAGAUCUUCAGUUUGUCUCCAAUAUGGAAGUGCACAUUAAGCUGGUCAACGAUAACGAACCUUAUCGCACUGCCAUUGAGCGAGUUUUCCAUGUGGUGAGGAAUGGCAUAAGGACCCUAAAUCCCACAGUGCUCCAAUAUCUGGAUGCUGAUGUUAAUACCAACCAAACGGAUAUCCACUAUAUCCAUGUAUCCAGUACCAAUGGAGCCUUUUACAAGAGUGGUCACUACAUCGACAGCUUCACUCAAGAUGAUAUUUCGAACAGGAGGAUUAUGUUCCAGCAUACUGGUGCGGAUUCUGGAACGGCUUCUUUUAUUGUCACUGAUCGUGAGCACGAGGUUAAUGGUUUGCUAGAAAUUCGUGCUUCCGAUCCCUUCGUCUCCAUGAUGGCCACUAAUGCCUCCAUUGUUCAAGAGGGUAAAUUUGUGGUUCUCAAAAACAAGGAUUUCAUUUUGGAAACCAAUUUGGAUAUGAAACUGGAUGAAAUCUACUACGAAGUGAUUAAACCUCCUUCGUAUGGUAUACUCAUGUACUUGAGUAGGGCAAAUGAGGGGGAGAAUGGCACCACCAUCUAUAAGGCCACAAAUUAUACAUCCCUGAGCAAUUUCACCCACUUGGAUAUUGAACGGGAGAGAUUGGUUUAUUGGAACACGGAAAUUGCCUCGAUGGAUAAAGUUAGAUAUCGGGUCCAUAUCAAGAACAUAACAGCUGAAGGAGAGGUGAUGUUCCGGAUUUAUCCUUCUGCCUAUUGGGAACCCCUUCAAGUCAAACAGAACCACACACUUUAUGUGGAGGAAUCCACAAGUGUGCUAAUCUCUAGAGAUGUCUUAGAGGUGGUUCAUCCGAAUAUUUCUCCAGGAGACAUUACCUUUUUAGUUACAACUUCCCCCAUGCAUGGCUAUUUGGAAAUGCAAUCCAUGUCCUUCGAUGACGAAUACAACUGCAAGGUGUUCGAUCAGUCUUCCGUGAACACUGAAAAAAUGUUCUAUAUACAAGCAGGAGUCAAUCAAUCUACGGAUUAUUUUGUAUUUGAUGUUACCAAUGGCAUAACCUGGCUAAGACAACUGAUGAUAAAAAUCGUAAUAAUACCAGAAAAGCUAUAUAUGCACUCGAAUAUUAUUUCAGUAGUAGAGGGAAAGACUGUGCAACUCAAUCCUACGGAUAUUCAACCCUAUUCCGAGUACUAUCGGGGAAAGAUAUUGGAGUACAUAGUAACUAUUACCCCGAAUUCCGGACACAUAUUAGCUGGGAAUUCCAAGGUCAAAAGGUUUACCCAAAAGCAACUUGAACAGGGUAAUAUACAGUAUGUGCAUAAUGGAAGUGAAAAUGCCACCGAUACCAUAACUUUGGUGGCCAUGGCCAGAAACAAGGAGAGUGUUCCCUUCGAGCUGGAGCUCGCUGUGGUUCAAGUGAACGAUGAGGAGCCCAUGAUGGUCACCAAUACUGGACUUCAGGUGUGGAACGGUGGACGCUAUGUCAUUAAGAAUACUGAUCUGUUGGCUCAAGAUUAUGAUACUCCACCGGAAAACCUCACCUUUGUUGUGCACCACAUAUACGGCGGUUAUUUGGCUAGGAAAUCAGCGCCCAAUCAAAAAAUAGAGCAGUUUACCCAGGCUCAAAUAAACCUUGAGGAAAUAUAUUUCAUGCAUGACUCCAACUCCAGAAGAAAUGAACUAUCAUUUGUGGUGACUGAUGGAUUAUUCAACACCACCACUCAGAUGCUGAACAUUGAGAUUAAGCCCAUUGAAAUUCUGGCCGAGCACAAUGAAAAUCUGCAUGUUUUUCCUUUAACCAAGAAACAAAUUCUGCGUGAUUACCUUCACUUUAAGUGUUCCGAUGAGGAGAGGGAAAUACGUUACAACAUAACAGUUCCACCAAGUCUGGGACGCAUAGUUAACGAGUUUAUUGAUAAUGGUUUCACGAAAGAAGUUAACGAAUUUACACAAAACGAUGUGGAUAAUGGUCAUAUAUUCUACGAACACACAGCUGUUAUCAUGGAAUUUAGGACCAAUGAUUCAUUUUACUUCGAUGUGGUGGCUGAAAGAAGUGAUCGCUUGUUGAAUCAGAAGUUCAAUAUAGAGAUAUCAGUGUCAUCUGGAGGUUUAUUGAGAUUCCUGCCUGUUAAUAAGCUAAACGUCGAUGAAGGUGGUUCGGUGCCUAUAAAGCUUGAUUUUUCAAAGAUUUUAGAAUAUCUCAAAACGAAAGCUGGGAUAAAUAAUCCUGAGUUGUUUAUAGAAGCCAUUCAAAAACCCACACAUGGUAAUAUAGGUCUGGGUCAUGAAUUCAAACAUAUGCAGAGAUAUCACCCAAGUGACUUCUUUACAAAGAAGGUCUACUACAUACAUGAUCAUUCAGAUACAUUGGAGGAUACCCUACUCAUGUCGGUUUACCUGACUCAAGGGAACAUUUUCCUGUGCAAUUUGACAAUACCAGUGUCCAUCAAUCCCAUUAACGAUCAGCCCUUCCAUCUGAUCACCCACCUGCCGCAAAUGACAGUAGUUGAGGGUGAGAAUCGGACUAUAACCAGGAAUGAUUUGCUAACCGAAGAUGCGGAUACACCACCUGAGGAAAUAAUAUACGAUGUGAUGAGUGGUCCUACUUUGGGAGUGCUUAAGAAGAUCACAAACGAUGGACAAACCGAGGAUCUUUUGGCUUUCUCGAAUCAGUUUACCCAAGCGGAUAUCAAUAACGAUCGAAUUAUAUAUGUACACUUUGGGAUGCCGCAGUCUACGACAUUUUGCUUCACUGUAUCCGACGGGCAGUCAAAUCCUGCCUAUGAAAUAUUCACCAUCAAAAUAGCAUCUAUAAGCUUGCAACCUUCAGCGGUACAAAUUCCUGUAAGGGUUCAGCAAGGAGCCACAACAUCCCCAAUGAAACUGGAUCAUAUUGGAGUGACCACCAAUGUUCAUAUGGAAAGGCUGUCAUAUAACAUUACAAACUCGCCACUUUAUGGUAUUAUAGUCUUCAAGCAUCAGCCAACUUUGAGGUUCACUCAGCAGCAGUUGGAAACAUCACAGAUAAGCUAUAUGCAAACGGAUCUUAAUCGAUCCAAUGACACCUUUCAGGUGAGUGCCUAUGUUCCGGGCACCAAUUACGUAGCCCAAGUGGAUGUAGUCAUGGAAGUGGAGCCUGUAAUACAAAUCAACAAUAUCGAAAUGAAGGAAGCUGAUCCAGCAGGUGGUAAAAUAAGGCUCAUCACCUCUUUGGACAACGAUAAUCCUCUGUCCCUGAAGCUCAACAAAUUUAAUCCAAAGUUUGUGAUCACAAGGAUGCCAUCGACUGGACAAAUCAGAAAGAUAAUCCGAAGUACAGGUCUCGCAACUGAUGGCCAGAAUGAAAGAUCCACGAACUUAUUCUCCUACAAAGAGCUACGAAGUGGUGUCGUCUACUUUGUGCCCCAUGAAUCUGUUGAGGAAACUGAAGCGGAUAAUGAUAGCUUUGAUUACCAACUGCUUAUAAAGACAGUACAACCUGCACAGGCCACAGUUUCGAUUGAGUAUAGAAGUCGGGUUGAAGAGACGGAAACAGUUCACUUGGGAAAUGCAGGGUUGUCCAUUAACUACCUAGCCAUUGGAUGUGCCAUAUUUAUAGUGUUGAUAUGCCUACUCAUCGUGCUGUUAAUAUUGAAAAUCAGAAAGCUGAGAAAGCACAAAGCAGAUAUAUCCAAGGAUCAGCCGCCGGCGUUGCCCUGUCCACCAGAUUUGACAUCAGUGAGUCCGCAGCACCACCUGCACCAUCAUCAUAGCCAUCAUUAUGCAAGUUCCGAGGCGGAUUCAGUGCCUGCAACAGGAAAUUCAACACCAUUACCGGGUUUCAGUAAUAUUCCUCAUUGCAAGAUCAUACCCGUGGAGUCCUAUAAGCAUGAGUUUCCCGACUACGAUCCGGAUGAGGAAGAGACGGACGAUCAGUGCGAUCCGCAGCAGAUGAUGCUGCCACAGAGAUAUAAUCCCUAUCAUCUCGAACAUGAUGCCUGGAGUUCGUCCUGCGAUAUGCCAAAUGAUUUUGCUGGCUAUGCCUCUGUGCCACAAAGUAUUUCCGGAUCGGUCAGUUCACCGCCCUCGGCUCCGCCUACAAAUCCACUGUUAAGGCGGAAUCAGUAUUGGGUCUGAGUUAUUUAGCCGGAAAUAACUUAACAAAAUGGGAUCAAAAUAAUGUUGUUUUCCGAUUGGAUCGUAAUUAGUCCUAGAUUAUUUAUUUAAGUUUAAGAUUACGUUUAAGGCUGAUUUAUGAGAUUCGUUAGGAAAAGUGAAGCAUUUUAUACACGAAAACAUUAAUUAUAGUAUGUUAACAAGCAUACAUACAUAUCUGGCGUGUCAUAUACAAACGAUUAGAAAAUAAGGACGAAAACAAGAGUUAUACUCAAAAAGCCAACUUAACUUAGACUUAGAAUUGUGUUUGCCAACGUGGAAUACUUUUUUACAAUAAAUGACAAUAUCUUUAAGAAAA